GUGAGGGGGCGGGCCUAUGCGCGGGAGUCCAUGUGGGCGCCGGCGGGGCGGGUAACAGCGCGGGGUCGCCAUGGCGGAGCUGCAGCAGCUCCGGGUGCGAGAGGCGGUGGAUUCCAUGGUGAAGAGUCUGGAGAAGGAGAACAUCCGGAAGAUCCAGGGCCUCAUGUUCCAGUGCAGCGCUGGCUGUUGUGAGGACAGCCACGCGUCCAUGCAACAAGUGCACCAGUGCAUUGAGCGCUGCCAUAUGCCUCUGGCUCAAGCCCAGUCCCUGGUGACCAGCGAGUUGGAGAAGUUCCAGGACCGCCUGACCCGGUGCACCAUGCAUUGCAAUGACAAAGCCAAAGAUUCAAUAGAUGCAGGGAGUAAAGAGCCUCAGGUGAAGCGACAGCUGGAGAGUUGUGUGACCAAGUGUGUGGAUGACCACAUGAACCUCAUCCCAACCAUGACCAGGAAGAUGAAGGAGUCUCUCUCAUCCAUGGGGAAGUAGAAGUCUGCUGUUGGCCGUCCGGGCUAAGGGCAGGAGCCUAUUUUAAAAGAGGAAUGAGGAUUUGGGUCUUUUAAGCAAAGUUUAUGAAUGAAGAAAUUAAGGAUGGCAGCACGUUUAAGGCCUACGUCACUUCCUUCUGAACACUGUUUCCUUUGUGUUUCAAUCCUAAAAAGCGAGAUGGAAAAAACUGGUGCUAAAAUUUGGGUCAGAGAUAGCACAGGUGUUUUUGAGAGCCCAAGGGUCACGCGGCAAGUGCUUAUCCUGGCAGAGGGGAUCACCCUUGUACCCAACCAGAGCCCUCCGAGGUACCAGACUGUCAUAGUACACAGGUACCAACAGGUGGGCAGGUUCCUCUAGCCUGCCUGUGAUCUGGUGGUGUGGAGAGAGGUGUUUCUGUUUGUUGUCAGCUUUCUGUCUACCGGAAGGAUCACCACACCAUUUUCCAUAAACUGUAAAACAAAAUCCAUGAGGUCACCAAUUUAAAAGGGAAAAGGAGACUUCUAGGGUUUGGUUUGGUUUGGUUUGGUUUUAUAGACGCAGGCAUGAAGUUAAGUUAAGAUGUGGCCUUGGGAGAGUUAAUUUGCAUAAGAACUUUGAAACGGUCCUUGUGGGUAUUCAUUUCUGGCCAUCAAGGUGUGGAUGUGCAUUUUUUAAAUUACAUUACAUCUUUCAGCCUGGAGUCCCUACAAAAAUAUGAGAGGUGAUGUCACACUGCUAUGGAAGCAAAUCUUCCCUCUCACUGGCAGCCAUGAUUGGCCCUGAGGCUGCCUGCAGCAGUGACAGGACAAUCUUGCGGUGACACUCAGCCUUGAAGGGAAAGGAGGUUUUGUGCUGUGCGCUAGUAUUCAGGAGUGAACAGUGAAAGAAAAACGGUUAGCUGCUUAAUUAAGAGUUACGAAGUACUGGAUUUGAAAAAAUCUGGUUUUCAUAAAACAGGAUAGAAUGAAAGCUUAAACCCAGUAUUGCUUACUUUGCCCCCUGAAAUGACAGAGCUCUAUUGAGACAAUCUCUUGGCAACACAAAGGGGAUGGGAGAAAAAGUAAGCAUCUUGGGGGUGAGCUGUGACUUUUUUAGAGCUAAAGAGGGACAGCCCCCCACCCCCAUCACCAAAUACCACUUUUGCCAGGGCCUUUGCAAAAUGCAUUGUUCUUCCCCUAGUUCUGGCACCUUACCGUUUUGUUAAGUAAGUUGUUGUCUUUUUACCAAUUUAUUACUUGAAAUGAUAAUGUAGCCUGUCUGUUUGCUGUUUCAAGACUGUGAUAUAUUUUCCUAGUGGUUUGGUUUUAAAAAUAAAUAAGGUUUAAUUUUUCCUCCA